AGUUCAAGAUUUCUUAAUAUCGGAAGAAGAUGUAAUUUAACUGACGCUGUCCACUGCCACAGAAAGUUCAGGUAGCCUGGAAAUGUAUAUUUACAAAGAAUCAGGGCCAAAGGAUUCAUUCGGAACAGGGAAGAAUUUGUUCAAGACUUUUUUUAGAACAUCCAUAUGUUUGCCUGCAUGAAUCAAAUUCUCUGUCCCAAGAAAAGCUUCAGGUUGCCUCAGCAGCAAAGUCAAUUGUCAUUAUCUGUCUUCUCUCCACAGUCUGAGGGCCAUGAAUAAGUCAAGGAUAUCUACUGUAACACAUUUUGUCCUGCUGGGCUUUCCUUGGUCCAAAAAGGAAAUCAUCCUUUUCUUGAUGGUUUUGUUGAUCUACAGCUUGACUUUAACUGGGAAUAUGGCCAUCAUUUGUGCAGUAAGAUGGGACCCACGACUCCAUACCCCUAUGUACAUGCUCCUGGCCAACUUCCCCUUCCUAGAAAUCUGGUAUGUGACCUGCACAGUUCCCAACAUGCUGGUUAAUUUUCUUUCCAAAACCAAGAACAUUUCCUUCUCUGGAUGCUUCAUUCAAUUCUACUUCUUCUUUUCCCUGGGCACAACUGAAUGCUCCUUCCUCUGUGUCAUGGCUUAUGAUCAGUACCUGGCCAUCUGCCACCCACUGCAUUAUCCCUUCAUCAUGAUUGGGAGGCUCUGUGGCAUUCUGGUGUCUCUUUGUUGGCUCAUCGGUUUCCUUGGACAUUUAAUUCUCCUUUUCUUCAUUUCCCAACUACCUUUUUGUUGUCCCAACAUCACUGAUCACCUCCUGUGUGAUGUGGACCCACUGAUGGCCCUGUCCUGUGCCCCUAAACCCAUCAUACAGCAUGUAUUCCACUCUGUGAGCUCUCUUAUUAUCUUUCUCACCAUUUUCUACAUCCUUGGGUCUUAUUCCCUGGUGCUCAGAGCUGUGAUUCAAGUCCCUUCUUCAGCUGGUUGGCAAAAAGACUUCUCUAUGGUGAUGUAUGUGACUCCCACAUCUGGUAAUUCCAUUGCUAUGCAGAAGAUCAUCACACUGAUAUACUCUAUAGUGACACCAGUCUUAAACCCUAUCAUCUACAGCCUACGAAACAAGGACAUGAAAUAUGCCCUCCAUCAUGGCCUUUGUGGGAUGAGAAUUAUCCAAAGCUCAUGAAUAGGUUUUGUAUAACCCAAGUAAUCUAUUACUGUAAGUGGGAGAAUAAUCCUGUUUCUCCAAUUCAAACUGACUUUGCUUUAUUCAUAACCAUCACAGAUCUUUUGUGCAAAGCAAAAUUCAUCAUGUAUUGAUCAUAUGUUGAUUCCCUUUUAGUUUCAGAAAUGUGUUUCCAUGGGGAGAAAAGAUUAGCCCCCAAAAAAUGGUAAAAAUAACUCUUAAAAAUCUUAAUAUUUACCAAGGAAGGUUUUUAUUUGUUUAAUGUCCACUCAACUUUGGAAAGAGAAAUGAAUCAAAUUAUUUUCUUAUAUGGUUUUCUACCACUUGUUUUAAAAGGCAUGUAACAAUAUGCCUGUUGUCUUGUAUUUUUGGCAGAAACUCCACACAUCAAUGUUGGAGAUACUAAGAGAUUAUGAAUUGGUGUCUCACAACUCUUAGCUCAUCAUCCUCAUUAACAG